AUGGGCGACAGCAGCACCGAGUACUACGACCAGGCAGCACGGGACCUCUUCGCACAGCUCGGGCUGGACCGUCUCGGUGGCGUCAGGGCCGGCGCCCACUACAACUCGCUCGACCCAAUCUAUGCGAGGGAGAGCGGCGCGGCCAUCUUUGUGGGCAACGACACCGCUGCUCGCUCGCGCGAGAUGCUCGCUCGCGCGGGGGUCACACACGUCGUCAACUGCACCGACAACAUCCCAAACUACCACGAGGCCGGCGCUGCGCCGCUCGCCUACCUCCGCUUCAAUGUGUCCUAUUGGGCGAGGCACAUCGGUCCGGAGCACGAGUCGGUGCUCGCCUUCACGCAGCCGCUCUUUGCGUUCAUCGACGAGGCGCACAGCGCGGGCGGCUCGGUGCUUGUGCACUGCCUGGCCGGCGCCCACCGCGCAGGCACCACCGGCGUGCUCUGCCUGAUGCACUACCGGCGGAUGAGCCAUUCGGACGCGCUGGCGAUGGCCCGCAGGCUCCGCCCCGCGAUCAACCCGAUCGGUGGCCUGCCGGGCUUGCUUCAGCGGUACGAGGCGGCCGCGGCGAGAAGAGGGGCGGCGGGGGAGGCGGCCGGGGACGAGGUUGGGGAGGUGGUUGGCGCGGGCCGGAAGGCGGUCUUCGAGGCGCGAGUGAAGGAGCUCUUCGCCGCGGAGACGGCGCGAGGCACGCAGGCCAACGCCGCCGCCGCCUCCGCGCUGCAGCAAGCGCAGUCCGAGCAGCAAACCGGGCAGUAG